AUGGUAAUUGAGACACUCACAAACGCCCUCCGUAAAGACCCGAAGAUCGAAGGAAUAACCAUCCCAGGCAGCCCAGUUGAAAGUAAGAUCUCGGUCUAUGCGGAUGACGGCACCCUGACACUGAAAGACGAUUUAUCAGCCACAAGAGCAUUCGACCAGAUCGAAAGAUUCGAACCGGCAAGCGGCUUGCGGAAAACUGAAGGGACCUUUGUCGGCCAGCAAGUGGGCAGACAGCAUGGUCCAAUUCCUAUUGAGUGGAAAAUGGAGUCAGUGCGAGUGUUGGGGACCAAUAUAGGACACAACAUGCAACAAGACUGGGAGACACCCACCACAAAGAUCGAAGAGACUCUAGAGAGAUGGUCGAAGAGACUCUAG